GUUAAUAUAUAUGGGUGAUCUAAUAUGAGGCCCAAUUCCCAAUAAACAAAUACUACGGGGUAAUAAACAUAACCUCAAACAAUGACACCCCAACAAUAUUUGUCCAUUUAAUUUGUUUCUGCAGGGUAGGGUAACAACAACAACAACCUAAGAGCAACACAUGUUUGGUUAUACUACCAUUUUUGUACCUGAGGAUAUUUGCAGGCAUGGUUUUAGAUUAUUCUUGGCCCACCUUAACAAGGCAUGUCAUGUUCUUGAGAAUUGUAAGGGCAAAUCUUUAGGUGAAGAGCAACCUCAUUCUAUCGACACAUCCAUUUCAAAAUCUCUGUUUGAAUCUGAUAUUGGAGGGACAACCAUUAAACCAGUUUCAUCUUUAGCUGCCAAGGAUGGGUCUUUUGUCUUGAUUUCAACUCAGUCUUCUCCAAAUUUAGAGCUUUUUACAAGUGGUAUUAAUGCUACUCAACCAAUUGAUGAAGAUGCUUUGGAAAAAUCCCUACUUACUGCAACUCCAGCUCCUUCUAAGCAGGCAGUUUCUGCCCCUUUUGAUGCGAGUAAACUGGGUCUUAAUGUUGUUUGCCCAAAUGAAAGCAUACAUAGUUCUGCUCAAAGCCGCCUCAAUUAUGCCAACACAAUUCAGUUGCCUCAACUGCACAACACUUCUAGAGCUUUCAACAUUCAUGCACUACCUUUCCUGCCUUCGAUUCCAGUUCAGAAGCAUCCCCAACUAGGCAAUUCUCUCAAGGAACUGAAAGAGAUGGAAUCAGAGCCUAAAGUUAACAGUGGAGGUCUCCAGCAAGGUAAGUCUCUUAAGGAAUUGAAAGCAUUGGCAGUCAACAAGGAGGCAGUUCAAACAAAUGCGGUUUCCACCAAACCCUUGGGCCUCUUAGACUUGAAGUUAAUUUAUGAAUGCUCCUCGCAAAUCAGUCUCAUUGAUAUGCCUCUAGGGAUGAAAGGAGAAGAACAUAAGAUGCAAAAGGACGGUGGAGAUGAGGUUUCUAAAAUUGUACCUGACAAAAUUGAGAUGCUUGUAGACGAUGAAAACUCUUACACUCUAGAUGCUGAAAUGGAGCUUAAUGCUAUUCAUAUUUUGGACGACUUCAAUCGUAAAGGAGUGUUUAAGAAAAGACCUGAAUCUGGUCAGAUUUUGCUUCCCCCCAUUCAGGAAGAUGAUGAGUCAGCUCCCUUGUCUAGGUCUGGUCUGUCGCUGCUCAGGGCCGAGGCCGAGCGCCUGACCUGUCUUCGGAAACCUAUGGACGGAAGGCCGGCCUUGGUUGCUCCGAGGAUGACCGACCCUGCCGGGGCUGAGUGCACGGUACUGCCGAGUCGCUCUUCGCUAGUCUUUUGUCUUGGUCCCGCCAAGUGGGCCUUGGCGAAGUUGGGCUGGCCGUCUUCCUGCUGGGCUGGAUACCCCCAUUCCCGGCCGUUCACGAUGAUUCGUGAUCGUACGCCUUUGCCGUUGAUUUCGUUCACCAUCUCCGUUCACUCGCCAUCGCCGUCGCAGCCCAACCUGAAGGUUAGUUCACUCUUCCCCGCUCUCAUGACGUCUUCUGAUUCCAACCCUUCCACCCCCGCUGUCGACCCAGCGGCGGUUUGUUUUGAGGAAAUGUACCGUCAAGAUCCCUCCCUCCGCCCCGACGGCUUGAUGGGAGGAAUUGACCAUUCUAGGGUUCUGAGUGCGGUGCCUCUCCGUACGUCCGUCACCGUGGCGUCGUCGUCUCAGGCACCGCCCUUGAAGAAGAAGAAGAAAUCGAAAGUUGUCCAGGGGAAGAACCCGAAAUCCUUACCCGUUACCGUGCUGGAAACGGGUCCGAUUACAAAUACGGGUUGUCUUCUGUUGGAUGUUGACUUUGACGAGGCUCUCCGCUUCGUGGGAGACGGUUACGUGGCCGAGUGUGGUAUGGCCGUCUUCCCCUCAUCCUUGAAACUUUGGAAGGCCAAGUUUGUCUUCAUUUCUGGCUUUCCCGGGGACCGGCACCCUUUCCAAGCUAGGUUUCCCGACUGUCACGCGUUUAUCCGUCAUCCUCGUCGUGAGGCCACUCCCGAGCUUCUAGCACAUGCGCAAAAACUGUUGGAAGAUUGCCGGCCUAAACCACCCCACGUGUACACGGUGUGUACGGAGCAGAACUUAGCGGAGGUGGGGGUCCUUAUUUCCCUCGAGCGCCAGUUCGAGCUAUCCGAAGCCGUGCUUGGGAGUCGUCCGAAGCAUGGGCUUGAGGAGAGCGCCCCGAGGUCGGAAGAUCUAGAAUCGGAGGACAACGGAGAGGAAGAUGACGGGGAGGCCGAAACCGACGAAGAAUUAGGGCAGCCAUCCUACUCCGAGGGGGUUGCUGGAGAUAUGAAUCCGGUGGAUGUUAUUCGCAAGGCCAAGCUGUUGGCCCGCAAUCGCAGCAGAGGAGAAGAGGUUCAACAAAAACCACCGUCCGAGGAUGCAUCUGGAUCUGCUGCUUCCAUCCCGAACUUGGAGACGGUUCCGACCCGGAACUUGAGAAAGAGGAAGGAUGGGAAGUGCCCCACUUCCUUUGACAAGGUUGAUGGGGAUGUAAAUGCCGAGGUCGAGGUCGCAUCCCUGUCCGCGGUGCUGAAGGACGAGGACGAGAUCCUCUCGUCCUUGCAAGGGCUGGUGGAUGGAUUCCACAAAAAGGUAUCGGCGAAAUUGAGUUUGAUCAGCAAACGCCGAGCGGGGGCUGAAUUCUCCUCAGGCGUAGAUUUCUUGGCUUUGGUGGAAACGGAGUUGUCUCGCUUAAGGAAAUUGGCGGAAACCGAGCAUGAACAGGCCGCUGAGCUUGAAAUGCAAGCCAAGGCAAAGUCCGAGGAAGUGGUCCGGUUGCAGGGCCUUCUGAAAGAGUCCGAGGAAUCGGCCUCCCAAUUGACAGCUUCGAUGGCCGAGCUCGAGGGGCGGUUGCGCCAAUCUGAGGGCCGGAUUUCAGAGCUGGACGUUGAAUUGGCCGAGGCUGUCUCGUCGCGGCGGUCUAUGGAAGUUGAGCGAGAUCGGUCUCUUGCCGAGAGGGAACAAGCUUUUGUCGAGAAGGAGCGUGCCAUCUCCGACUUCCUUCAGUCCCCAUCCUUCAAAGAAGUCUGUCUGGAGAAAAUGGCUGCUUAUUACGAAGACUGGCACGGGACCGAGGCCGGCACUGAGAAGAUGGGGUGGAAGGGACGAAGUGGUUCGAGAGCGGUGUCUAUCACGGGAUUCAGCUUGUCCUUCGCCGGACCAGAAGAGUAGAUCCGUCCUUCCCUCCGCCCGGGGACGACAUUCUAGAGAUGCACGAUCCCAACUUGAACGCCAAGCUUGGGGAAAAUCCAGAUUUCCUUAGGACGCCCGAUCGCGAGGACACGGGUGCAGAUGAUGCCGGCGAAGAGCAACCCACAAAUGCCCUUCCUUAGUGUUUUCCUUGUAAUAUUUGAAAUUUCAUCCCUCAUUGUAAUGAAGACUUGAUCACUGU